AUGCCUUUCUACGUCAUGGAGUGGAAGAUGCGCGCCGGCUGUCCGAAGAAGGCUUUCGAGUGUUUCUUGGGCACGGGCGCGCCAUUCCCUGGCGUCAAGAUGCAGCGUUUCCACGCUCCCGGGUCUGUCAACGGCUGGAUCAUCGCGGAAACAGACGAUAUCACCGCGAUCUACGCGCACGCCGCGGAGUGGGCCGAGUUCCUCGAGUGGAAUACCACGCCCGUGCUCCCAGACGAGGAGGCGGGUGCGACGGCGGCGAAGGUCUUCCCAGAGUUCGCAAAGUGA